CCAGUCCAGGAAUGACGGCACACUUUGGGUUUCAACGUAGCUUUAUGUAAUAUAAUAAUAACUGGUACAGUUCCGAUUCAACAAUCGUACUUGUAUUUUAUUUUUUAAAGUGCAGUAUCCAGUACUUCUGCAUUUAUUUUUUUAUCCGAAAAUCUCCUGAGACGUUUCCUCGCAGUUUUCCUUGUUGAUUGAAGUUGGUGUCUGAAUCGUCGUCAUGUCUGUAACGCUGUGUGAGGCAGAGUGAGUGGCGGAGAGGAGAGAGCGCCGAGUCCCGUGGAAACAGCAGGACCACGUACCACUUGACCAAGAGAUCGAUGCACUCAAGCCAGGCAACGCAGGAAAGGUUUGCGACCUGCAGGACAUCCGCGCACCGCCACAGAGGGGGAGAGCCAAGCCACGGGCACGCCGAGCGUGAGGAGAGCUAGAAAGAAGAAAAUCAUCCGGGGCGAAUUGUAAAGCUUUCAGCCGGCCACUCCGAGCAGCUGCAGCUCCGUAGACCAGCGGUCCAAGGAGAACGUCCACGGGCUCUGAAGGUGCAAAGUCAGAGAGAGUGGCAACAAGAGAACAAAGUCUUCAGAAAAGGAAACGGAAGCCUUUGAAAGAGGAAGAUGAAAGCAGGGGAAUGGCUCGCUAGAAAAAAAGGGAAGGGGCCCGGCAGACAACAGCGGCUCACGAGGUGCGAGUGGACAGGAGUGCUGAGGUGUCUUCCCAGCAUGCCUCUGUCGCAGCAGCAUCGCGGGGCCACCGUGCCCACGGCAACCUGGAUCCUGGCGUUGGCUCUCGUUCUCGCUCUACAGGGUGCCGCUCACGCUGCUCCAUCAGGAGGCAACAAACUGGUUCGCACCACCCGAGUGCGAAGGCAGGCGGCGGGAGGGGAUCGGGCGCCCUCGCCUUCCAACCAGAGUCUGGGGGAGCAGCCCGUGAUCUUCAACCACGUCUACAACAUCAACGUUCCCUUGGAGUCUCUGUGCACCGUCGACCUGGACGCCUCGGUGCCGCCGCCCCCCGGUUCCCAUGCUGAGCUGGGAUCCAGAUCAUCUGUUGAGAGUCCAAUGGAUCCAAACGGACCGACGGAAUACACCGAGCAGACAAUGGAUGCUGACAGCCAGGUGACGUUCACGCACCGCAUCAACAUCCCCAAAGCCGCGUGCGCCUGUCCGGCAACGAGCGCCAUCCAGCAGCUGGCCACCAGGGUGGAGAUGCUGGAGAGGGAGGUGUCUAUGCUCAGAGCUCAGUGUGGAUCCGGAUGCUGCGGUGAGGGCUCAGCCAUGGGGCAUUUGGACUUCAUCCCGGGCUGCAGCGGCCACGGCAGCUUCAGCCUGGACCUGUGCGGCUGCAUCUGCGAGGACGGCUGGACGGGGAAGAACUGCUCGGAGCCCCGCUGCCCGGACAACUGCUCCGGGCAGGGCGCGUGCGUGGACGGCGAGUGCGUGUGCGACCGCGACUUCGGCGGCGACAACUGCUCGGAGCCGAGGUGCCCGGCCGACUGCUCCGGCCGCGGCCUGUGCAUCGACGGGGAGUGCGUGUGCGAGGAGGCCUUCACCGGCGACGACUGCAUGGUCGGCAGGUGCCUCAACGACUGCUCGGACCAGGGGCUGUGCGUCAACGCCACGUGCCGGUGCCGGCCCGGCUACGUGGGGGAGGACUGCUCGCUGGUGUACUGCGCCAACAACUGCAGCAAGAAGGGCGUGUGCAGGGAGGGCUUCUGCGCCUGCCAGGAGGGCUUCGCCGGGGACGACUGCAACUCCGUGGCGCCCGUCAUCAACUUGACUGUACGGGACACAACAGACAGCACUAUUGACCUUGCGUGGGUGGGCUCAGCUGUGCUGACCGAUAUCUUGGUGACCUACACACCCAGCAGCCCUGGAGGCGUACAGCUGGAGUUGAGGAUGCCAGGGAACAGCACCACCUGCAGGAUCUCCGGCCUGGAGGCAGGCCUCGAGUACAACGUCAACGUCUUCGCCGUCAUCAACAACAGCAUCAGCGUCCCGAACAGCAUCACCGUCCUGACCUAUCUGUCCAAUCCCUUUGGUUUAGUCUUCAAAUUCAUCACAGAGACGUCCGUGGAAGUCCACUGGCAGCCCUUUCACUAUUCCUUCGAUGGAUGGGAGAUCAGCUUCCUCCCCAAGGAUAAUGAUGGAGGAAUGACUGCGCAGCUGCCCAGCACCAUCACCUCAUUUGUGCAGACGGGUCUGAGGCCAGGGGAGGAGUACACUGUCAACCUGGUGGCCCUCAGGGAUCGGGGGCGGAGUCAGCCGGUCACCGCUACUCUCACCACCUUGAUUGAUGGCCCCACUCAGCUGCUUGUGCGAGAUGUGUCAGACACCGUGGCGUUUGUGGAGUGGACGCCGCCGAAAGCCAAGAUUGAUCAGAUCGUGCUGCGUUACGGCCUCAUUGGAGGAGAGGGGCCGCGGACGACCUUCCGCCUGCAGCCCACGCUGAGCCAGUACUCCCUGCAGGUGCUGCGCCCUGGCUCGCGUUACGAGGUGUCUGUCAGCGGUGUGAGGAGAGGAAAUGAGAGCGGAUCUGUUUCCACUGAAUUUACUACCGCUUUAUCGUUUUUCUCAGAGAUCGAUGCCCCCAAGAACCUACGGCUCGUGUCCAAGACCUCCACCACCCUGGAGCUGGAAUGGGAUAAUAGUGAGGCUGAGGUGGAUGGGUACCAGGUGGUCUACAGCACCUUAGCGGGAGACCAGUACGACAAAGUUAUCGUACCGCGAAAUGAGGGCGCCACCACUAAGACCACGCUCACCGACCUGCUGCCGGGCACAGAGUACGGCAUCGGAGUGUCGGCCAUGAAAGACAGCAACCAGAGCACGCCGGCGACAAUGAACGCCAGGACCGGUCUGGAUGUGCCUCUGGAUCUGACGGUGACGGCCUCCACAGACAACACCAUCGCUCUGGCUUGGGGCGAGGUGCAGGGCCCCAUCGACCACUACAAGGUCACCUACACGUCCUCCUCCGGCGUCACCGCCGAGCGGACCGUGCCUAAAGACGUGACCACCACCACCCUGACGGACCUGGAGCCCGGGACCGAGUACACCAUCACUGUAGCAGCAAGGAGGGGGAGGCAGCAGAGCACCGCGGCCACUAUAGACGCCUUCACAGGAAUCCGACCCGUAACCCACCUCUACUUGUCAGAAGUGACUUCAGACUCGGUGUCGGUGGCGUGGAACGCCCCGGCGCCGCCCGCGGAUCUCUUCAUCCUGAGCUACAGCUCUGCGGAUGAGACGGACACGUCCAAGGCGACACUGGACGGCUCCAAGACAAGAUCGCUGGUCCAGGGGCUGCUGCCGUCCACUCACUACACCGUCAGUCUAAUCACAAUACAGGGGGAUGUUACCUCUGAGCCUAUCACAGCGUCGCUCACCACAGGCAUGGACUCUCCUAAGGAGAUGAUGGUGUCGGACGUGACAGAGGACUCUGUGACGAUCUCGUGGAUCAGACCCAUGGCCCCAUUUGAAUACUAUAAGCUGUCGUACCAGUCAGCCAGAGGUCGAGUGGACAGCGUGGUGAUUGACAGCGAUGUGACCAACUACACCUUGUCCAGUCUGUUUCCUGCCACGGAAUACGAGAUCAGUCUGGUUGCUGUCAGGGAAAGUCAAGAGAGCAAAGUGGUCAAAACCUCUGUCUUCACAGCCAUGGACAUGCCAGCGGAGCUGACGGCUCUGAACAUCACUCCACAAGGAGCCCUGCUCAGGUGGAAUCCUCCUCUGUCCAAUGUCGACAACUACGUUCUGACGCUCACGCAUAACCAGGUGACGGCUGAUACUUUCCUGGUGGAAGGCAACAAGCAGGAGCACCAGCUGUCCAACCUUAAGCCAAGCACCACCUACUCGGUGGCCCUCUACGCCACCAAGGGACCCCUCACCAGCGGCACCGUCAUCACCAACCUCCAGACACCCAUGGACGCGCCCCUGAACCUGACAGCCAGCGAAGUAAAUCACCGCAGCGCUCUCAUCUCCUGGCAACCACCAAUCGCGGAAAUUGACAACUACAUGCUUACCUACAAGUCUGCGGAUGGCAACCGCAAAGAGCUGAUCUUGGAUGCAGAGGAUACCUGGAUUCGCCUGGAGGGCCUGGCUGAAACCACAGAGUACACGGUCAAGCUCCAGGCUGCGAGGGGACUUGACACCAGUGCUGUGGUGUCCACUACCUUCACUACAGGGAGUCGUCUGUUUGCGACGCCUCAGAAUUGUGCUCAACACCUGCUGAACGGAGAGAUGCUGAGUGGCGUCUACACCAUUUACAUAAACAGAGACCCGAGCCAGGGCGUGCAGGUGUACUGUGAUAUGACCACGGAUGAAGGAGGCUGGAUUGUGUUCCAGCGCCGUCAGAACGGCCUGACAGACUUCUCGAAGAAAUGGAGCGACUAUCGGGUCGGCUUUGGGAACCUGGAGGACGAGUUCUGGCUCGGCCUGGACAACAUCCAGAGGAUCGCUGCUCAGGGCCGCUACGAGCUGAGGAUCGACAUGAGAGACGGGCAGGAGUCAGUCUACGCCAACUAUGAUAAGUUCUCCAUCGGGGACGCGAGGAACCUCUACAAGCUCAGGAUAGGAGAGUACAACGGCACCGCGGGUGACUCUCUCAGCUACCACCAGGGCCGGCCCUUCUCCACUAAAGACAGAGAUAAUGACAUCGCUGUCACUAACUGUGCCUUGUCCUACAAAGGAGCCUGGUGGUACAAGAACUGCCACCGGGCCAACCUGAACGGCAAAUACGGCGAGUCCAGACACAGUCAGGGCAUCAACUGGUACCACUGGAAAGGCCACGAGUUCUCCAUUCCCUUCGUGGAGAUGAAGAUGAGGCCGUACAACUUCCGCAGCAUCAGCAGCAAGAGGAGGCGCUCGGCCCCCGUAUAAACAACCCGCCGGCUCUGGGUCUGGGAUAAAUGGAGCUCGGGCGAACGUGUUGCUGCUACUGUAGCUGUGUCAUUGUCAGUGAAGGCAUGUUACUGUUUUAACACUGCCAAAGCUCUGGAAAGGCUACUAAUGUCUUAUAGGUAAAUAAAUAAUAAUUCAACCCCUUAUUAAUAAACUAGCACCAAUCAGAGGUUGUUGGACAUGAUGAAAGCAUCACAAUAGCAGCACAGGUGAACCGGCACCUGGCCUCCAUGUAUCCUCGUUCCUGCUCAGCUCCAGCUGUCUGUCCCCGCUGUACUUCUACCCCGACGACAGAAGACACUGUAUCUAAUUUAAUAUGUACUUUAAGCGACAAUGGUUGUAUUUGCUGUAAAAAAAAAAGGGAAGGCAAACCAAGAAGCGUUGUUUUGUCUUUAAGUCUGUGAUCUGCCUUUCCCUUGGGUUUAAGGAGGACGAGCGUUGUUUUAACCUGAGCGAAGUAACACUUUUAACACAAAACAUACUGUAUAUGCCCUUAAAACCCCUCCACUGUAAGAUAUAUAUAUAUUUUUAUAACUGAUAUUGUGACAAAAGUCCAUCUAUUUAAUAUGAUUUCAUGCCUUGGUUUCUUCAGCCUAUAUUCAGUUAAACAUAAUUAAAAAAUAAUGGACACAAGAUAUAAACUGAACAUCAACACACUCGGACUCCUCAUUCAUGAAGUAGUGCACCAGCAAAAGCCCCAUUAGCAUCGAUCUGGCUGGGUUUUAGCGGUUUCAGUCUUACACUGAAGUAGUGGGAACUCGCUGUUGUUUCUCCAGUUUGUGGGCAUUUGGUGUUUUGUGCGUGUUCACCCUUGGUGUAGGCUCAGUGACUGCUUGCAGAGAUGGUGCUGAUAGAUGUAACAUUUAACCAAAGACUUGCAUAAUAAGAGACUGGUCCCGCUUGUGUUUGGAUGGAUGCCAGUCACCAAAGUUACUGAAGCAGCCUUUUCCUCCUAAUAGAUUCUCACUUUUCAGGGACCUCUAUGAUAAUGGUGUCCCCAGGUGUUGUUUUAUGCAAUGUGAACACUAAAUUCUAUGCAAAGGAAAGUCAGGAUGGGCACAGUGCAGAACUGUUGGCCUCCCCCACCCCCACCCACUGCUCGUCUACAUGAACUUAACAAAGACAGCAGCAGAACAGAAGGUGGAGUGGAGCCAAGCCUUUCCUUUUUCCCUGUGCCCUUCUUUUACUUGCUUCGCUAUUUGAGCUCCCCGGCGAAACGUCAUAAUCAGCAAACGCGGAAGAAAAUGUGUUCUUUCCAGCAGCGCGGGCUAAACGUGCAGCAAGCGGUGUGUUAUCCAGCCACAGUUUGUCUGCCGCACUUUUCUGGGAACGGCUCCGCUCGUGGGAGGAGGAUGAUCUGUGCAGCUCCGGGACAAAGCGCACGCAGCCGCAUCAAUAAAAACAAAGUGUAUUGAUAGAUGUAACCGCGGGGAAGCGGCUGCGCGGCGCCAUCACUGCAAGCAGCUUUUGAUUUCAUAGAAUGACUCGUUUUUUUUGUAAAAAAUUAUGUUAUGUUCUUUGUUAUUUCUUUAGAACCGAAAAUCUGGCUCAUGCAACUGUGUAGGUCUUUUAUUUGUGUUACUAUAUGUAGAACAAUAGUGACUCUCCUCUAAACCACCACUACUAGAGCAGAGACUGUUCAGAGCCAUUUCCACUUGAACCACUGUAUUUCCACCGGUGUUGUGUUCAGGGACAGACGGAGUCUGCUGCAUGUUGACUGAAUCACAAUCAAAAACCCAAUAGUAAAUAAUCACCUUAUAUUUUGAUUUUUACUGACACAUUUCUUGCGUUGACUUGGAGAAAGUCUCUGUUGAAACGGUUCACGAGAGAGAAAUAUGAGACUACACCCUCAAAUUUUCCUGACAAACUGUUUCAGCCUGUGACCUUUUCCUCAGUCUGCUUCAUGUCUCAGUGUCAAGGUGACAACUCAUCCUCCAUAGUGACUCUCAGUAGAGUAGACGAUUCUCUAUAUUCUCCUUUUAUUAACUACUUAGAUGAAGUCGGCGUCGCUGCAUUUUUGUAUCAGUAACAAAGGUUCAUGAAGCUUUGCAGAAAAGGAGCUGAAUGUUCUUAGUGUUGUGAGGAAUCUCAGUUGUGGCAAACUAUAGGUGCUUUUAAAUUUCCCAAUAAGUCUAAUUAUUCUCUCACAUUUACAGUACAGUAUGUUACAAUGUCUUUAUUUCCAUUCAAUUGUCAUAAAAUCAUAAAUUAUUUCUCUGUCAGUGAAGAAAGAAGCAAACUGUUGUUCCUCCAACAUCCGUCACAGCCACUAGUGUAUAAUAACCUUAGUGAUAUUGCUCUGCCGUCAGGACGUUCAGAAACCUUGACACAUUUGAAGGUUAAAUAGACAAAGAAACCUGAAAUUAUCCCCUGGAAUCAGGAAAAAGCAAGUUGUCACUGUUACAGUUUUUUACAAGUUAAAAUUAUUGAAUCAGUCCUAGACACUGAAAAACUCACACUGGAUUAGUUCUGUUGAGCUUGUUACAUAGAGGUCCUUAUUUCAUAAUUCGUUCUAGGUAAAGGGGCCUCAGGGGUAAGAACCACUUUAUUUUAUGGGUUUUUGCAAUUGGUUAUUAUUACCAUUAUGUUUGGUCCGAUUUAUGAACCAGAAAGUGUUUACUACAAUGAUUUGAAAUGGAAACGACGACAAAAUGUGAUCUUGAAUGUUUGAAACGCUCAUGUUGAUUGGAUAACCUGGAUAUUUAGCUCUAGUUUGACCUAAACAUGUACUAUAUACUGUAGUUCCUUUUUCUAAUACAUUUUCUACAUAUUAAUAAAAUAUUCAAAUAGUCUGA